GGCGUUGAAAAAGCAAAGGCUAAAAGCAUAGCCAUAGUUUUUCAUCAUUGUCUAAGGAGGGUUGGCAGCGUAAGUAGCAGUUGCAACUUCAAGUCAGGAAGAACAGCGAAGUCGCCGCAGCCAUGAUGUUUCUGCUGGCGCUCCCGUUCUUGACGUGUUUGCCAGUGGUGUUGAAGGCGUGAGUCGAUCUUUAUUUCUCGCAUGCUUAGCAGGCUUCUAUGGUCUAGUCGUGUCAAUGCGAUCUACUGCGGCUAAAAGUAGUUGUCGCUGUCGAUGGAACUUGCGGACACGUCGCGGCCACUGCCGUCGGCCCUAAGGUGCAAUCUGGCUCAGCAGAUUGUGGAAGGCUGCACGCCGGAGCAUAUUGGCCGGGCGAAAUUGCGCUGGAGGGGCUCGAGUUCUCAAGGUUUUUAGCCGUGAUUUCUGGCUUGGGUGUGUUCAAGGGGGUGAUCUGGCUGGCCUGUACGGCGCAGAGUGGGUCCUCGAGUAAAUUGCGCUGGGUGGGGUGUUUCCACAAGCGUGGCCCCUGGUGUUGAAACGGCCCUUUGUCAGGCGAUGGUUAGGAAUCAUAGUUCGUGAGGGAGUAAUUGUAACAUAUCCAGACAGGCACAGGCCCCGGCACAGGCAGCUUCGAGCCUCAUGGAACCGGAAGCGCCUCCGCGAUGAAGCAAGUGAAGCUCAGUGGAAAUGCACGCACUCAACCUAAAGGCCACGACUUUUACGGGUGGGGCAAAAGGUGCUCGGCGAUUGCUACAAUGUCAACAAAUUUAGAAGUUGAAACGGGUCAUGUUGGCCACUUCUUACGACCACACGAUCCUACGCCGCGGCAUGCAGCAAGGGCGUCCUCUUCAUCUUCACUUCUCAAAUGGGCGGCAAUCGCGUCGCUGAUGCUGACAAUACGUGUACUCACUGCCGCCUGCCCUUUUGCAGACGCAUCGCGACGAAAACACCUCCUACGACAUAUCAAGAUGAAAUGGUGGGACUUCUGUCCAGCUAACUAUUGAUAAGGCAACCUCCAAGCGAGCAUCCUCUCAGCAUCAUCCACCCUGGCCUCAUAUUCAUCAAGUGGGAACAAGCGGGUCCACGGAAGAUGGCCUUAGAGUGAGAUGCGCCACGGAGUAGUUCGUUGGCUCUAAUAUUGUCCGGAGAAAAUGGGGCCGGGCGACACGCGGAUAUCUAUUUGCAGGGAGGGCAAAGGCGAGAUAGACUUCGGCAGCAUGGGUAUAGACUGGAAAAGACAGUCAGGAGACGGGCGUGCAGAAUUUUAUAAACACGGAGGGAAUGGUAUGAUUGAGAAACUUCGCCCCAAUGCCCGACAAGCGGACUUUUGGCGCGACAGCUGUUACUACGAAGAGCGUCGCCGCGGCUCGCGAGUAUCGCCGGCCGCUGCGGGCACCAUCCUCCAGGCUUGGGAUUUCACAGCAAGCCGGUUGCCUCAGUUCGCGACAACCCCACACCAGCCCCAGGGACAGCCCGACAGAGCCUCACACCCUCACGCCUGUGCUCGGCGUGUUGCCUGGCUCUUGGUGCGACUGACGCUGGCAGACCGAUUCCACGGGUCCCCCCACCUGGUGGCCACCAGCAUGACCCACCCACAGAGGGCGCGCGUGUGUUGUACAGGUGUGACAGUGACCCUGACAAGCCACCGCCGGCGGAAGCCGUCGCAGCCCGGUGCGGCGCAUGGCAGGCCACCUGACCACGACCAUGGCCGACGGUCGGCCCGAGCUGCCACCUGGAUUUGGCUGGACCAGUCGGCUCGCUAUCUCACCACAUGCCCACACGCGGCGCCAUGGCUUGAGGACUGCGUGACCCCUACACACAGGCCCCGCGCCUGUCAGCAUUGCCCACGUGGUGACUCUAGGGCGACUUCCACAAAGUGGCCCCAGGUGCUGGGGGAGCCGCCCGCGUCCACCUUCUCGACUGUGGUGCUUUCUUGUUUUCUGCCAUUCGUCCCGCCUUCACUGGGCGGGUGAGGGUAAGGGGUUGAGCAGCGCAGACACCCCCGGCGAGGGAUCUCGCCAAAACUUCCGCUUUCAUGGCUUGGGGCGAAGUUUCCGAGUCAUAAAGGGGCAACUCGCCGCUGAGAGUAACCACGAUCUUGCGAAAGGAACAUCCUUCAUAGACAUCGGCUCGUAUACCGGAGAGUCGGUAAGACGGUUUGCCGAUAACAACCCGCAAGCUGAUGUCUUCACCUACGAACCUACCCAGCAUUAAGGCUAAUAUCUUGACGGGGGGAACUUGGAGGGGGUCUCUAUCGAUAAUUCUUAAGUAGGCGACCCCUCCCAUGACCCGCCAGAAGUAAGCUCUAACAACAGUAUUUUGAAAUUCUCAAGAAGAACACGAAGCCGUAUAAAAAUAUUCACGCUUUUAACGUGGGCAUUGGUCCGGAUAGGGCUUCGCUCUGUUUUAAACUUCUGGGAGAUGCUACUCAAGUCGUCCCGCCGCUUCUUCUAUCUUCUUCGCAGGGUGCUGCUCAUCAACAUGGAGAUCAUGGAGAGGACGUGAAGAUCACGUGUGACGAAGCGCAUGGGGUGAAGCCAGGAAAAAUACUACCUGCGGAAGAGGUAUUUGCCAACUUCAUCAAGGAGGGUAGAACGAUUGAUGCCAUUCAAAUCAACUGCGAAGGGUGUGAGUACAUUGUGCUGCAGGCUCUUAUGGCACUUAGCAAGGUCGAACUCCCCUCCUCAGCAGAGCGACGCACUGGGAUGAAUGCUAUUGAGCUCAUUUCGCGAGUCGACGUGCAAUUUCACGCAGUAGGCUCGUUCCGAGAGAGGUACUGCGAAGUGUUUCUCGAAAUGUCUCGCCACUUUGAUAUCAAAUUCAAUUAUGACAUCGUGUGGACCACGUUUGUGAGAAAGCGGGGCAGGAGCUCUUCCCAAGCAUGAUAGUCCAUCAUUCAAGUACCAGCCACUUCUAUCGUAGCAAAUGGCGCCACUUUAUCGUAGGAAACAUCUUCUAGCGUUUAUUUGCUGUUGCUACUUGUUUUAAGCCAAUCCGUCCCCUUCAAGAGUAUACUGACGCCCGUCCGUCAGGUCUACUUAGGCACUUUCGGAAGCAUGAUCUACUUGUUUCGAAGAUGGCAACAACGGCACUGCCACUUGGUGCCGUCAUAAUGCAUCGGCCUGCGGCUUAUUGCCAUCGGCUGCGAUCGCUGUCGCGUUUGCUCCGGUCGCCGACGUGGAUAAGCUUUGGCGGCUGUUCCAGUUGAAGAAGUGGCCUGU